UAUCUUAAAGUCUCUUUAGUCUGUCUCUAUAUAUAACAGCAAAUAUCCCUUCCAACGUAUUUGUCAACGUACUUAAGAGAUCUACACUAAUAAUGGGGAUGUUUCAUAAACUUCCUCUCCUAGGUUUAGUUCUUUUUCUUGGUCUGACCGGCUCACUUACCGCCGCCAAUGAGUAUACCUGCUCUAGUACCGAUAUACACUUUACUCGUGCCAAUUUCCCUAAAGGUUUCAUUUUUGGUACCGCAACUGCUGCUUUUCAGGUUGAAGGAGCUGUAAAUGAAGGUUGUAGAGGUCCAAGCAUGUGGGACGUAUACACCAAGAAAUUCCCACAUAGAUGUAAUUAUCACAAUGCCGACGUAGCUGUCGAUUUCUACCAUCGUUACAAGGAAGAUAUCAAGUUGAUGAAAAGACUGAACACUGAUGGCUUUAGAUUUUCAAUUGCAUGGCCCAGAAUUUUUCCCCAUGGUAGGAUGGAGAAAGGAAUAAGCAAAGCAGGUGUACAGUAUUACCACGACCUGAUUGAUGAGCUUCUCCAAAAUGAUAUAACACCAUUAGUUACCGUUUUUCACUGGGACACUCCUCAAGAUUUAGAAGAUGAAUACGGUGGUUUCUUAAGCGACCGCAUCAUAGAGGAUUUUACUGAAUAUGCAAACUUCACAUUCCAAGAGUACGGACACAAAGUGAAGCAUUGGAUCACAUUUAACGAACCAUGGGUGUUCAGUCGAUCUGGCUACGACAUUGGGAAAAAAGCACCGGGCCGUUGUUCCAAGUACAUCAAAGAACAUGGAGAGUUGUGUCAUGAUGGACAAUCCGGAUACGAAGCUUAUAUCGUCAGUCAUAACAUGCUCUUGGCACAUGCCGAUGCCGUUGAGGCCUUUAGGAAAUGCGAUAAGUGUAAUGGUGGAAAAAUUGGGAUUGCUCAUAGUCCAGCUUGGUUUGAGGCACAUGAGCUCUCGGACGAAGAGCAUGAACCUCCUGUAACCGGCCUGAUCGACUUCAUCUUGGGAUGGCAUUUGCAUCCGACCACAUAUGGAGAUUAUCCACGAUCAAUGAAGGAUCAUGUCGGACAUCGACUGCCUGAAUUCACAGAGGCACAGAAGGAGAAGUUGAAAAAUUCUGCUGAUUUUGUAGGAAUCAAUUACUAUAGUUCGGUAUUUGCAUUGCACGACGAAGAGCCGGAUCCUUCGCAACCAAGUUGGCAAAGUGAUUCCCUCGUGGACUGGGAACCAAGGUAUGUGGAUAAAGUCAAUGCUUAUGCUGCCACGCCUGAUGUUGCGAAAGUGGAAGUCUACGCAAAAGGUUUGAGGAGCCUACUGAAAUAUAUUAAGGAUAAAUAUGGAAAUCCUGAAAUCAUGAUCACCGAGAAUGGAUAUGGAGAGGAUCUAGGGGAACAAGACACAAGUCUUGUAAUGGCGCUCUCAGAUGAGCACAGAAGAUACUAUAUACAGAGGCAUCUCUUGAGCUUGCACGAAGCAAUUUGCGAUGAUAAAGUAAAUGUUACGGGGUAUUUUCAUUGGUCAUUGAUGGACAAUUUCGAGUGGCAAGAAGGAUACAACUCAAGAUUUGGGCUAUACUAUACCGAUUACAAAAAUAAUUUGACGCGCCACGAAAAAUUAUCAGCCCAGUGGUACUCGAGUUUCCUCCACGAUGGACUGAAAGGGUUCGAAGAUGAACACAAUGAACUGAAAGGGUUCGAAGAUGAGCACAAUGAACUAAAAGGGUUCGAAGAUGAGCACAAUGGGUUGGAAGGGUUCGAAGAUGAGCACAAUGGACUGAAAGGGUUCGAAGAUGAGCAUGAUGAGUUGUAGAGUUUUACUCUACAAAUAGACUACGAAAAUUAUAUUCACAAACUCUUUGUUUACAGUGUCUAAUGCAUUUCAAUAUUCAAGCAAAAGAUAAGUCGAUAUAUAAACAAGUAAACUUUGGAUUUGGAUACUCAUAAGUUGUAAGUUUUUUUAAUUUCUCUGUUUCUUGGGGUUUGAGUCCGAGUGUUUCAUCUGAGAUAACCUUGCAAGAAAUUCUUAUCGAA